UCAUCAUAAGAGAAGGAGAAUUGUUGAGGUGGAAGAGGAUGACGAUGAGGACGGUGAUUUUGUCGUUGAUGAAGUUAUUGAUGAUGUUAUCGAUGAUGAUGUUGUGGAUGAAGACGAUGGUGAAAUUGAAAAUGACGAUUUAGUUGCGGAGAAGAAAGAGUUGGAUGAUGAUGUUGUAGUCGAGGAUGAAGAUGAUGAUGAAGAUGAUGAUGAUGCAAUUGAUUUGGCUGAUCUUGGAAAGAUCAAAAGACAGAAAAAGAAGGCCAAUCAGGCAUCAACCGAGGUUCAUUCUUCAAUAGACUUACCAAAACAAUUUGAAAAUUUGGAUACUUCUUCUCAUACCACCGUCUCCGCAAAGUUUUCAGCAGGUUCUGCAUUCGUUCCUGAGAACAAGGCUUCAUAUAGACGUUCCAAGGACGCAAAGACCAUCUCUCCUCAACGUAAAUUUGUUAAGGAAAACGGAGAGAGAUAUCAGUGGUUAGUAAAUGUGAAGGAUGCAGAAGGACGAUUGGAGACGGAUUCUGAUUAUGAUUCGAGAACUCUAUACAUUCCGAAAUCUGCCUGGGCCAAGUUUACUGCGUUUGAGACUCAGUAUUGGUCGAUUAAAGCCAAGAUGUGGGACACUGUGGUGUUUUUCAAAAAGGGAAAGUUCUUUGAACUAUAUGAGAAAGAUGCAGAUAUAGCUCAUCAGAAGUUUGACUUGAAACUUGCUGGUACAGGUCGUGCAAAUAUGAGACUAGCUGGUAUACCUGAGAUGUCAUUUGAUUAUUGGGCCAAACGAUUCGUUGAUGAGGGCUAUAAGGUUGCCAAAGUUAAUCAGAAGGAGUCAAUGCUUGCCAAAGAGAUGAGAGAGAGAAAUAGCAGCAAGAAGGCAUCUAAAGUCAUCAAACGUGAGCUUGAUUGCGUUUUAACUUGUGGUACUUUGACCGAUGGGAAGAUGCUAACGGAUGAUAUGGCUAAGUACUGUCUAGCUGUCAAGGAGGAAACUAAUCUGGACAAUUCAAAGACAUUUGGCGUUUGCUUUAUUGAUACUGCUACUGGUCAUGUUGAGAUUACGCAGUUUGACGACGACCCUGAAUGUGUCAAGUUGGAGACUUUACUGGCACAAAUUCAACCUAUGGAAGUAUUGGUGGAGAAGUCAAAGGUGAGUCCCUUGGUGAUGAAGAUCCUUCGAUUCAAUUCUCAUGCAGGUGCCAUGUUCAACUUUCUGAAAUCUGGCAACGAGUUCUGGGACCACGAAACUACGUUUGAGGAGCUUACUAGAGGCAAAUAUUUUGAAGCCUCUAACUUGGACGAUUUGUCUAACUAUCCUUCGGUGUUGGUGAUGUACCAUAAAAAUGAAAAGAACGUGGCUUUUUCUGCCUUCGGUGCAUUAUUAUGGUAUCUACGGUCAUUGAAACUUGACUCAUCGACUGUGUCCAUGGGAAAUUUUGCUGAGUACGAUCCAUUUAAGAGUAGUUUCUGCAAUGCCACUAUGAGACUUGAUGGUGUUACCUUGCAAAACUUGGAGAUAUUCAGCAACUCAUUCGAUCAAAGUGACAAAGGUACAUUAUUUCGUCUUCUAAACAGGGGAAUUACUGCCUUUGGUAAAAGAACCUUCAAAAGCUGGGUGAUUCAUCCACUUCUUAGUAAGGAGAAGCUUGAUGCUAGAUUCGACUCUGUAGAACUUCUUAUGAAUGACGGCGAUUUGAGAUCUAUCAUUGAAAGGAAGCUUGGAAAGCUUCCUGAUCUAGAAAGAUUGUUGGCUCGUGUGCACUCUGGGAAUUUGAAAGUGAAGGAUUUCUCCAAAGUCAUUGAAGGCUUUGAGUCAAUUCUGUCAUUAUUGAAAGUGCUAAAAGAUACGUAUGGAGAUGGAAAGUUGGGUGGUUUUUUGGGUGAAUUGGUUUCUCAGUUUCCUGACGAAUUGGAAGAAUGUGUAUCGAAAUGGUCGCAAGCAUUCGAUAGGCAUUUAGCAUAUGCGGAAGGAAUAUUGGUUCCAGAGCCUGGUGUUGAAUCAGAAUUCGACGCUAGUAAUGCAAAAGUGAAGGCCUUAGAAAAUGAGUUGGAUGAUAUUAUUAUACAGUAUCGCCGUGAGUACAAAUGUCAGGAGAUGUGUUACAAAGAUUAUGGUAAAGAGCUAUAUCUUAUUGAGAUUCCGAAGCGUGCUACGUCUAGGAUUCCAUCCGACUGGCAACAGAUGUCUGCAACAGCCAAGUCCAAGCGUUAUUGGUCUCCUAAGGUUAAGAAACUUGUUAGAGAAUUGAUGGAGGCCCGUGAGCUUCACAAGAUUUUAUGUGAGUCCUUGCAACAAAAGAUGUAUGCAAGAUUCGACAAGGAUUACAACAUUUGGGCAGAAACUGUGCGAUGCGUCUCUCAGAUAGAUUGUGUUGUAUCAUUAGUGAGAGCUUCCGAGUCGCUAGGCUCGCCGCUAUGCAGACCAGAGUUUGUUGACUCCAACAGAGCAUUCUUAGAAUUCAGGCAGUUACGUCAUCCUUGCUUUAUUCCAGGGGGUGUUUCUGGAACACGUGAUUUUAUUCCAAACGAUGUGAUUCUAGGAGAAAAUGGCAAGGGUCAGAUUGGGUUAUUGACGGGUGCCAAUGCUGCAGGAAAAUCGACUCUUUUGAGAAUGACAGGUAUAGCUGUUAUUAUGGCUCAAAUAGGUUGCUUUGUGCCAGCUUCCGAAGCUAAGAUUGUGCCUAUUGAUUGUAUCAUGACUCGGUUGGGUGCCAACGAUAACAUUAUGCAGGGUAAGUCUACAUUCUUUGUGGAACUAUCUGAAACUAAACGGAUGUUAGAAAAUGCCACUCCAAGAUCUCUCAUUAUUCUUGAUGAGUUGGGACGCGGAGGCUCGUCAAGUGACGGUUUCGCAAUAGCAGAAGCUGUGUUACACCACAUUGCCACACACGUACAAUCUGUUGGUUUCUUUGCCACUCAUUACGGAAAUUUAGGCCAAGCAUUUAUUCAUCAUCCACGUAUUAAACCUCUUAGAAUGGGUAUUAUAGUGGAUGAGUCUUCGAGAAAUAUCACCUUCCUCUACAAGUUGGAGCCAGGUAGUUCUAACGGAUCGUUUGGUAUGCACGUUGCAUCAAUGUGCGGUGUUCCAAAGGAAAUUGUUGAUAACGCUGAGGUGGCAGCCAAAACUCAUGAGCAUACUUCAAGACUCAAGAAGGCCCAGGAGGGUACAGAGGAGUCUGCUCCGUUGGGAUUGCAGAGCGAUUUUUCGUGGAUCGCGCAAAAUAAGGGCAUUGAACGAACUUGUGCCGUUUACUCUGAGGAUGUGAAGAGGACUGCAUUGGACAGUAUAUUCAGUGUCAUCGGAGCUUUGUAA